AUGGCCCAGUCCUCCAACCGCACCCAGCUUCCUCUCUCUGGCUCGUUCCCGGUCGCCCUGAUAAUGGGCCACGCCCAGACUGCCGUCGAGGUUCUGAUUGCCCUCGGAAGUGACCCGGCAACCAACUACAACGUCACUCUCGUCCCGACCUUCCAGGUCAACGGUCUCGGUGCUUUCUGUCUGCCGCACGUGGACUUUAGCGACGCGCUGCUCGGUGUCAACAUUACCGAUGGUAUGAAUGCUACUGUUCAGGUCCAGAGUAAUGGAGAUCCCAACGGUGGACUCUACGCUUGCGCCGAUGUUCAGUUCUCUUCUUCCGUUACCUACAGCGAGCCCUCGUCUUGCACGAAUAAUACCAACGUCGUGGCUUCUGCUUUCGCUGGUGAUGCUGCGAAGCGCAAUGCUAAUGAGUCGACCGCCACGGGUGGGGCUCAGGGCUCGUCUGGUAGCAGCACCACCUCUGGUAGCAGCACCACCACUGGUAGCAGCACCACGUCUGCUUCCAGCUCGACUUCGACGUCCACUUCUAAGGGAGCUGCCGUUCCGUUGCAGACCGCUGCUUGGGGCCUUCUCGGAGUUGCUUUCGCUGGUGGUCUGGCUGUGCUGUAA